CAUAAGAGGGAUGCCUUAUUCUUGAACUGUACAAUACUCUAUUUUAUUUUCAAAGCACGCCACUUCAAUUAUUUUUGGUAAGAGAUGCAAGUGAAGGUGAUACUUUUAUCCAAUCAAACCUCACGUUAUUCGGAAGCAGUGACGCAAGACUUCCUUCCUUGAGAAAAAUUUUUUUUCGCUUCUCUUCUUUCCCUCGCUUUGCUCUCUCUUCUCUUUAUCCAAACUAUGACAGAUAACUGGGAUAGAACACUCUUCGAUAAAGACCUCAAGGCUAUUCUAGAAACCAAAUUACCUGUGUCUGCUUCUAAAAUAACCGCCUUGCAAACCUUGGCAACUGCACACCCUCAGCAUCACAAUUAUAUCGUUCAAUGUAUCACUCGGUUCAUUGAAAAAGCACCACCAGAUUACCGCUUAGCAGGUUUGUAUGUGAUUGAUGCUAUAUCCCGCGCAGUGCAUAAGCAGCAAAGAAAAAGAGAAGAAAACAAUGAUGGAGGAUCAAGUGAAUUAGAUGGAUAUCUCAAGCGAUUUGCUAUUGUAUUGAAAGACGAUGCUUUGAAAGGAUGUUUUGAACCAUGCACAACAAAAGACAAGGAAAAAGUCAAAAAGACACUCGACUUUUGGGAACAAGGCAAUGUUUAUUCAAAGGACACUGUUCAAUACCUGAAGCAAUCUUUCUUGAACAAGAACACUCCAGAACAAAAAGUUAUGACGCCUCCCCCUCCUGUAGACACAGCAAGUCUUUUGGCCACACUCAGUAAUAUCGGUAACGGUACUCUGGCUAACCUCAAUAUCCCAGGAUUGACGCCUACACCACCCCCAGCACAAGCACCUCCAGUAGUAGAAGAAGACAAAAAUGUACUUCCUCCAGCCUUAGCUAAAUUACUAGGCGGUCUUGUCUCUACUCCCUCUACUACAAACUCGCCUCCUUCGCCUACUACUGUUGCUGAUCCCCGUGUUCGCAACGACCCUCGUAUGUCCAGCAAUGAUACAGAACGACUCAAGAACAAUUGGCCACCACCACAAGGACCUUCUGUUCCUACUCGUACUUUAGGAGAAAGGAAAUCUAGAUGGGGAACUAAUAAUAAUGAGGCUCCUGCACCCAAGCAACAAGAUGCAUGGUCACAAAAACAACCAAUCCACGAUCCUCGUAUGGGAAACCAACACUUCCAAGCACCUAGCUAUCAACCUAGUUAUGGGCAACACAAUAUGAAUAAUUAUCAAACACCUGCAUAUCAUCAGCAACAAGCAUUUCAACAACCUUAUCAGCAUACUCAACAACAACAACAAUCUUCUUUGCCGCCCCCACCGCCCCCACCACAACAACAAAAGCCCAUGUAUUCUAAAAACAGAGGUGCUGAACCUACGAGUGAUCCUUCUUUACCGCCUGGAUGUAUUAAAGUUCUUACUCGCACAUUAUUCGUGGGCCCUAUUCCUGAUCAUUAUGAAAGAGAUGAUGUGGCUCAACUGUUUACUCAAUAUGGUGAACUUGCUAGUGUGAUUGUAUCCAAAAAACUCAAGGGAAGACAUAAUGCUUUCCUCAAAUUUACAACAAGAGCAUCUACUGAAGCAGCAAAAUACAAUUCAGCAGGUCUUGUGGUUCAAGAUGUUCCUGUCAAGGUCAACUGGGCAUUUGGUUUCGGUCCUAAAAAACACUUUAAUUAUGAUCGUGGAGAUUCUAUCAUUCCUUUGUCUGAACUAUCUGCAGAAGAACAAGACAACUUGGUCACUGCUCCUGUCGGUGGCUUUCAGGGACAGCCUGUACGUGACAGAAUGGUGAUUGAAGAGCCAGAAGCACAGUAUAGACCUGAAUGGAAGAACGAUAACGAUGUUCGUGGUGCUAAGCGUACUCGACCAGGAAAUGGCGCUAACUUUGAAGAGAUCAACAAAAAGCGAGGCAGGUUUUAUCAUGAAGACAAUCAGCAGCAAGGUUUUUAUCAGCCACAGUUUCAAUAUCAACAACAAUAUGAUCCUUCUAUGAUGAUACCUUACUCUAACAAUAAUUAAGUCGAAUAAAUAUUUACAGUUCAAUUUUCUUAUCUAUACUUUACUGACCCACUCUUUUAUGACACACAAAAUCUAUA